GAUUGAUAGGUGCCUACGUGCCUACCUAGUUGUUGCUAGUAUCGAUUUGUUUGAUUGAUUUGGUUUGGUGUAGGUACAAUGCAAAAAAUAGCUGCUUGCAGAAUGCAAAAUAAACAAGAAAUAAACCCAUUUCAUUCAUCAGCCAACAGUGCAAACAAAUACGAAUUACAAUUUAUAAUUAAUUGUGUACCUAAUUCCUAGCUUGGUUAUUGUGAAUUGAUAUUUGUGCAGGACUUUAAAUAAUAUUUUUAUUAAAAUGGAACCUAAUUUUGUAGAUUUCAAUAGUGAUAUUUAUUCUUAUGAAUAUUUUCUUCAAGACGACGUAUGUAGAUUAUGCUGGUGUAAAAAACCCGAAACCGAAAUAAUAUCUUGGAAAAUGAAAACACAAAGUCAUAACAAAUUUACAUUAUUUGAUAAAAUACAGGACUGCCUGGAUUUAGAUCUGACACAGAUGUUGUUUCCCCAGCAAGCUUGCAAAAGUUGUUGUGAUAAUGUCGAAAAGUUUUUAAAAUUUAGAACAGAUUGUAAAGAAAGGGAACGAAAACUGAACGAAAUUCUGAAACAAAAGAAUGAAAACGUAAAAAUAGAAAAAGAAGAAAUUUUAAAUUUGGAAUUAAUUAAAACAGAUUUUGUUGUUAAUGAUGCAAUUUUUUUUGAUGGCUUACACUCAGAUAUAUCAGAUGUGGAUAAAACUGGCAAGCGUUGUGAUGAUGAAACACGAAAGAGCAAAAAAUGUAAAUAUAAACACAAAAAUACGGCUACUUUUUGUAGAAGUUGUAAAAUAGAUUGCAAGUCAAAGGAAAGUUUGUCAAAGCAUAAUGAUGAAUGGCAUGGAAUAGAGGAAGGUAGCGAGGGUAAGCUAUAUAAAUGUUUUGGAUGUGGAAAGAAGCAUACAUCAAUUAAAGCAAGGCGGUCCCAUGAAGUUAAUUUCUGCAAAGAUAUGAAAGAUGGUUACAAAUGUUCUUUAUGUGAGAGAUUUCUUCCUUUAAGAAGUAUGUAUUUGGCACAUAAGAAAGCCCACAGGGAAAACAAACCAGUGCACAUACCAGAAGACAUAUUUCAGUGUAAUAAAUGUUCAAAGUUAUUCAAGACAAAAGAUUGUUUGAGGAAACAUUUGGCAGAGCACAUUAAAAGGAAUUUUAUAUGUGAAACCUGUGGGCGAGUGUUCACACGCCGUGAUUACUUGAAUAAGCACAAACCAAUUCACACGGGCACAAAGCAUCUUUCUUGUCCACAUUGUGACUACAAAACUUCACAGCAAUCUUCCCUUGUUGUACACAUCAGGAAACACACAGGCGAGCGACCAUACAGUUGUGUAUUUUGCCCUCUAAAAUGUAUAUCCAGUUCCAAUCUGCAGGCCCAUUUGCGUCGCCACAAUGGAAUUAAGCAAUAUGAAUGUAAUAUUUGCAACAAGAAAUUCGGAUACAAGUUAAGUUUGGAGGAGCACAUAACGUCGAUACACGAAUGCUUACAAACUACCUUCGCCUGCGAACACUGUGGCGCCACCUUUAAGAGGAAUCGCGGCCUAAAGCGCCAUCUGUCGGCGAAACAUGUGAAAAUCGUCAAGGAGAACGAAUUGAAAGCAGAUAAUGAAAAAUGUAACAAGAAUGAUUUAAAUGGCUGCGAAAUAAAACAGAAUGAAUCGGAUAAAUAGAAUGUUAUUUUGUAAACGUGUGAAUAAAUAAAUAGACUGAUA